UAACUUCCUUAACCCCACCCAACCGUUUCCUUUUUCUCCCCCUUUCCUUCUGCUCAUCUUUCCUCUCUCUCGCUCUUCUUCUUCUCUCCUUCAUCAUCUCCUUCAUUAUCUGUAAAACUACAGCCAAUGUUUUUUUCUGGGCAGGAAAAGAAAAUAUUUUGGGCUGUGCUGCUGAAAGGAAUCAACGUUAACAGAAGGAGUAGAGAGUAAGUCUGGGGGGACAACCUUUGAACAUCCAUUAAAUACUCUUCCAUUAAACGACAGGUGCUCUGUCUUUCUUUCCCCUGUUUUUCCCUCUCUGUACUCUGUUUUCUCUUUUCACUUUUACUUUUUUUUUUAUUAACAUGCGAAUCUGUCUUGUAAAAUAAACGAAGAAGAAAGUGGACCCUUUGAGCAACUCAGAGAUAAACGGAGGAAAGGCCGGAACUUUUCUUCUUCUUGUUUUUUUUUUUUUACUGUAGUGAUCAGUGUUGGGUAACCUUCAAAACCCAGGCUUUUGUUUUUUUCCAGGGAGAAGAAUAAUACCCAGUUCCAAAAAUCUCUUCUUCCAAGUUGCAAUUCUUCCUUCUCUUUUAUUUUUUUGGCUCUGUAAAAUUGGCUGUCACUUUCUUGAGGUAUACAUUUAACAAAUUGUAAUAAUGUAUGUUGGUAUUGUUGCAUUUUGAUUUGUUUAUUUCUCUGGGUAAUCUCCAUUAUUUUGUUUUUGUUUUUGUUUUUGGAGAUGGGGUAUUGAGUAUUAUUGACAAUGAAACGAGCUCCCUUUUUUUUGUCUCCUUCUCUCAUCGGGUUUUACUUGCUCUGCUCCCUACAUUCUCUGUUUUUGUCUUGAAUUUGGAUUUGUCCUUUCCCUUUGCUUCCCAUUUCUCCCUUCCUUUCUUCACCCCCCAUGUGCUCUUUGUUGAAAUGCAUUAAAAUCACUCCAUUCCGCUCCAUACCCAGAUCGAUUCCCGAGCUCGAUUUCCAGUUUCUGAACCAUAUCUGAGAUGGGUUUUUGAGGUAAGGGGUGUUUCUCCAGUCAAGCUCCAGUCUCUAGAAUGAGUUCCGCGUUUGAAUGUCCUUUUCUUUUGCAGGACUCGGAAUUGCGCUCCAACUGUUCGACAAAAUUCCGGAGAGAGUGAGUGAGAAGUGGGGGGGGAAAAUGAGAGAUUUCCCCUCUUGUUUCGGCGAGAAUGGAGUUCAGGUAGCUGAUUCUUCUUCUUCUGCCUCGUCUUCAACCGCCAAUAAAACUGCUCAGAAUCUAGUCACUUGCUUGUACCAAUGUCGAAUCCGUGGCCGUUCCUGCUUGAUCACUGUAUCCUGGACCAAAACCUUGAUGGGUCAAGGACUAACCCUCGGAAUCGACGAUUCUUCUAAGCAGUGUCUUUGCAAAGUCGAGAUUAAACCCUGGUUAUUCUCCAAGAAGAAGGGGUCGAGGAGUCUAGAAGCUUACUCCUGCAAAAUCGAUAUCUAUUGGGAUCUCUCUUCAGCGAAAUUCGGAUCUGGUAACCCUGAACCACAGCUAGGGUUCUACGUCGCAGUUGUAGUAGACAAGCAAAUGGUUCUCCUUCUCGGGGACAUGACUAAAGAAGCCUUCAAGAAAACCAACGCCAGUGCCAUUUUGCCUCUUACUUCCUCUGCUGUAUUUGUAGCCAAGAGGGAACAUCUCUUUGGUAAGAAAGUGUUCACCACCAAGGCUCAAUUCUGUGACAACGGUCAGGUCCACGAUCUCGUCCUCGAAUGUGACACAGUUGGGGUCAGCGAUCCGUGCCUCAUGGUUCGAGUGGACUGCAAGACGGUGUUGCAGGUGAAGCAGCUGAAGUGGAAGUUCCGUGGCAACCACACAAUAUUGGUCGAUGGUUUAGCAGUUGAGGUUCUGUGGGAUGUUCAUAAUUGGCUGUUUGGAGGUGGUGGUUCACUAGGGAAUGCUGUGUUUAUGUUCAGGACGUGCCUCGAGAAACUGUGGGGCGGAGGAAGCCAGCAGCAGCACGAUGAUGAUCCGAGUUCAUUGACUUGGUCGUCAUUCUCACAGAGAUUUGUGGACUACAAGUCACAUCAAAAUCCUGAUUUUAAGCUGGUUUUGUAUGCUUGGAAGAGUGAAUAGUUUGAGAGUCUCUAUCAGUGAGUUGGUCAUUUUGGAGUCAUUAUGUAAUUGAUUUACACUUAGUUUUUUGCGAUUGAUCAAACACGGUCCAUUUUUCGUUUCCUGGGUAACUUGAGCAGUCGAAUGGAUCAAAUACAAAAAUUUUUGUUCUAUAUUUUACUUGCUGUACGUUUCUUGUUUCAUCUGAGGAAAACACUUUGAAGUGUUCAAGAUCACAAGCCUCCAUGGUGAAUUAUUGUGCAGUUAACUAUUGCAGCUGUACUUAAAUGGGAUCUCACCUAGUGGAACAGCUCCAUUUGUUCUUCGCUUUAGUGCAGUGUUUUACUAUUGCAGGUUUCUAUUUCAGCAUGAAUGAGAGACAGAGUUUCGGACUUGUUUAUGGUAGUUGUACAUAGAAGGAUAACUGUCUGCAAAACGUGGUAUGGAAAUUCUACCUAAUCCUUUUGUUUGAUUCUGUCCGUGGACUUAAAAAUACAAGGUUCCAUGAUCAUAAACACUGAGUUGAUGUCUUAAUCCCUGCUGUCAUGGGUUGCCCGCUUGCCAUUUUUGCCUCUUCGGUAUAUAUCAGCAAAACAAAGACGUUAAAGACGG